AUUUCUUCAUCUUCUGUGAAAUUUGAGGGGAUUUGUUAGCUAUCACGUUCUCAAUCUGGUGAAAUUAGGGCUUUUGUUGAGCUGAGGAAGCUAAAUGAUGGGUGUACCCACCGCUGAGGAAGGUGGGGUUUCUCUUUGUUGCUAUGGCUUGAAACCUUAGUUUGCUUUUUGUCAAUGGGUAAAACCGAGGAUGAUGUGAAUCUCCGUGUCGCCGGCGGCGAAGCUACCGGUGAUUCGACGGAGAGGAAUGCUCGGUGUGGGUGUUGCAAAUGGAUCUCAAGCUUCUUUGGGCUCAAAUGUUUCUUCGUGCUGCUUUUCUCAGUCUCUUUGUUUCUUUCGGCUUUGUUUUUGUUGCUUCCGUUUCCUAUGGAUCGUGAGGAUUCGAAUCUCGAUCCCAGAUUUAGAGGUCAUGCUAUAGUAGCCAGUUUUAGCAUCAAUAGAUCGGCUUCUUUUCUUAAUGAAAAUACAUUGCAGCUUCAGAAUGACAUCUUUCAAGAGAUGAGCUACAUUUCCAUCAAAGUAACUAUCCUGGCUGUUGAGCCGUCAGAUGAAUUGAACAUAACAAAGGUUGUGUUUGGAAUUGACCCUGAUACUGGAUACCGAGAAAUCUUACCUCUGUCCUUGAGUUCUAUCAAAGAGAUGUUCGAAUCUGUGCUCAUAAAUCAAUCUAAUCUCCAGCUUACAAAAUCCUUGUUUGGGGAAACCUUACUUUUUGAAGUGCUAAAGUUUCCAGGAGGAAUCACUGUGAUUCCACCGCAAAGUGUUUUUCCUCUGCAGAAAUUCAAGAUUGUUUUCAACUUUACCCUAAACUACUCUAUUCACCAGAUACAGAUAAACUUCAAUACCCUUGCUAGUCAACUCAAGAAUGGGCUGAAUCUCGCACCAUACGAGAAUUUGUAUGUAAGCUUAUCGAACUCAGAAGGGUCGACCGUAUCUCCCCCUACAACUGUUCACUCAUCAGUUUUGCUGAGAGUCGGUACCUCAAAUUCAAGCCCAAGGUUGAAACAACUGACUGAUACCAUCACAGGUUCACGCUCGAAAAACCUUGGCCUGAAUAAUACCAUAUUUGGUAAGGUCAAGCAAGUUCGUCUUUCAUCUUUCUUGCCAAACAGCAGUGAUAGUAGCACCAAAUCUCCAUCACCCUCACCUAGUCCCCAUUCCAAGCACCACCACCACCACCACCAUCACCAUCACCAUCACCAUCACCACCACCACCACCAUCACAACCAUCAUCAUCACCACCACCACCAUCUUAGCCCGAAUAUGGCUCCCGAGGUUUCACCUGUGGCCUCUCCUGCUCCUCAGAGAAGCCGCAGGAGAGCUCCAUCUGCACCUCCACCCUGCAACUCAGGGAAUAGAGUACAUUUCAAGGAGAAACACGUGCAAUUUUCAUCCACACCUGCGCCUGCUCCUUCUACUGGGGCACCACGUCAUCAGCUGCACUCACCGGCCCCGAUUCCUGUAGCCAGGUCUCAUAUAGUUCCAAUCUCUGCCCCUCUACCACAUGUGGUGUUUGCCCAUGCAGCUCAACCACCCAAAACCGAACCAAGGGAACCACACGCAAAUGAAGCUGCCCAUCCUCAACCGCAGACCUCUUCAUCGAUUGCGGUUUUACCAGCUCUGCCAUGGAUUGUCCUUCUCAUGCUGAUAGUGGCCGGGCUUCAUGAAUAACGACAUUAACAUGUCUAGUAAACUGUAUCAACAGAGUACUCAAAAACUUUUAAGUGUAUAAAAUGAAUUCAUAUGG